GAAGGCUCUCUGCAUCUCUCUACCACUAUAAUUUCAAUAAAGCAGAUAUUGACUGUGAAUGACGGCUGCCAGAUACCAUAUUCUAAACAAAAGAUUGGACGCCUAGCGGGGGAAGAGUUCUUUUCUGCCGGAAGGGCACACAAUGAACACGCAAUCAUCAACCUUCGACGAAAGAGGCAGUCGUCGUGUUUCCAGUAUGGGUACAUUUCGCAGCAGUUUUGGACGCUCCUUGAGCUUUUGGAAGCGCCAUGAAAGCGGCGUAUCUCGUUCGGCCAUGGAAGGCUCGGUACGCGCUCUGGGGUCCGAAAGUCCGCCACAGACGAACCUUUUGGCUCGUAGAAUUGGUUCUUGUUGGUCCGUGUGGCCGCCGGAAUCCCGAAAAUCGUUUUGGAGACGAAUCUUUACCAGUCGACUCUGGAGAUUUCUGCUCGUCGUCUUCUCCAUUCUACUUUUGUUCGGCGCCCAGAUGCGGACUCUUCUGCUUCCCAAAUCGACCGAUCUCUUUGUGGAUCUACUCUUCACCGUCAUGUUUUUCUUCUUUGUGGCUGAUAUUGCCAUGAGGGUAGACGCCGAACCCAACUACUUCGGAAUGCGUGUAUGGUGCCGGACCCCGGAAAGUGCUUCCGAACAUAUCAACAUGGAAGGUUGCGGUAAUUGUGAAUUAGGGAGCUUCAUUUUUUGGUGCGAAGUCAUCUCGACGUUGGCGUUGUUGUACGAAAUUUCGUUCAUCGCCAAAGACAACUUUGCCGAGCGAGAUAUGGUGAUUAGAUUGAAUGAAUUCGGAGCCCCGAACGGGGGACUGGACGGGGUCAACGAGGCCAUCCCGGUAGAACGAGAACUCGACUUAAUCGUCAUUAUUGCCAAAACAGCUCGUUUGGCCCGCUUUAUCAAGUCUUCUACGGCGGUCAACCUUUCGUCUCGAAUUCCGUGGUACUGGAUACUCAAGCGAAUUCAUCCGGGACAUUUGUUCGGAGCUGUUCGUCGAUUCGUAUGUUGCUGCUCGGAAAGAUCGAAGUCCGGUCGUGAACAUGACCGACAUGCAAUGCCUGGAGAAUCCACUUUAGCCCGCCAUACGUCUCGGAGAGGUCUCGGUAUGAAGGUACUGGCCAAUGCCAAAAAGGAAGCCGUCGAAAAAGAGUACCAGAGAGCUCAAACUUGGAAGGACUACCCCAUAAGGGCACUCCGUUUCGUCGGCAUCUUGAAAAAGGACAACGCCGAAUGGCGUCGUCAAUUGGCGGCCACCAAGAUCCAACGGGCUUGGCGUGCCGUUUUAUUUCAAAGACAUUGUGAUGAAGGAGACGAUGUCUCUGGUUACGUCAGCAAUGACUAUGCUUGGAAAGCGCGGUCUGCGGGGAACAAUGCGAUGGAAAAAGCUUUGAAAAAGAAAUCUAUAUUAUCCCAUUUCAACCAAAUGAACAGUCGAGGAAUUUUGAUCGCGUCGGGAGGCAUACAGAAGGUAAGCGAUGUCACUGUAGUCACGGAAUCAACCAAUACGUUGCGGCGAGGGCCAAGCCGUGAGGAGCUCAAAGUCGGUAGUGCGAUGCGUGAACUGACCGGGCAACGCGUGGCACUAGGUAUCAUUUUCUCCUUGGUGCUGUCGUCCAUUUUCACCUACACCGAACACAACGCGACCCGGCCAGCCACAAUGAUUGUUCUCCACAACCAAACAGGAAACCCUGCAUUUGCUGAAAGAGCACUGACCGCUGCGAGAUCAAGCGCGGUUCCUAAUCUCUUUGAAUACCAUCUAGCCAGCGGGGACAUAGAAAGAUUUACGUUGGACGAAUGGGAGAAACCCACCAAUCUUCGUGACAAAGAGAAAAUUCGAAUUACUAUCAUUGAUUUUAGCGAUCAAUUGACUGUCGGUCGCUUUGCAAUCAAACGAAAAAGCAUGGCAGAUGCUGUUGUCUCUCUGCUAGCGACUAUCUUUGUUAUUUUGGUCUGGUUCUUUGGUGUUACUGCGUUUGCCGGACCUGUUAUGGUUUUGGUUGUUAUUCCGAUAGAACGAAUGGUUCGUUUGCUCGGAAUGUUGAUGCUUGAUCCGUUGGGCUAUCAAAGCACUUCACGCUACAAGAGAUAUAUAACUGACGAAAACGAGAUAACCAAGAACACUUUCUGGUCCCGAGAAAUUCUGAAAGGAAUGGAGACAUCCUUCUUAAUGUCAACGAUUCUUCGAAUAGGCUCCUUAAUGAAGGUUGGUUUUGGAAGCGCCGGCGUUGAUAUCAUCCGUAACAAUUUAGAGAAGGGGCAGAGCAAAAACAUGCUGAUAUUGGACUCCCAAGGUAUCACGGUAUCGUGUAUUUUUCUCUUCUGUGAUAUCCGCCAGUUUACCGAUGCUACGGAAUGCCUUCAGGAAGAAGUCUUUGUGUUUACGAACCGUAUCGCAGCAGUUGUACACUCCAUCUGUCAUUCGUAUGGAGGUUCAGCGAACAAGAAUAUCGGAGAUGCUUUCUUAUUAAGUUGGCUGUUGGAUGAAGAAGGUGGGACAUCGGCUCCAUCAUCAGUUUCUUUCGACGCGCCUGGUUAUCGCAAGGCGGAAGAAUUUAUCGCAAAACACCAUCAGGCUGAUAAGGCUCUCUUGUCUGUCGUCAAGAUAUGCAUGGCACUUCACCAUGAUGACUUUUAUAUUUCCACCAUGAGUGAAGGUGCUCGCGCAGCUCUACUUUCCAAGCUGUCGAAUCGAUCUGGGCCUGUCGUACAAUUGGGUUUUGGGUUGCAUGCCGGAAAGGCUGUGCAGGGGGCGAUUGGUUCCCAACGUAAGAUUGAUGCAACUUACGUUUCAGAAGCUGUGGAGCUCGCUGAAUUUCUCGAAUCGUCCACCAAAAAGUACGGAUUGAAAAUGCUGAUGUCCGACACUUUUCAUCGACUCCUUCAUCCAAAUAAUCGACGCCGCUGUCGCAAAGUCGACCAGAUUUUGAUACAGAAUGACGACGGGGGUGAUGAAGAAGAAAUGGAGGGUGACAAAAUUGAGCUUUUGACAUUUGAUAUGGAUAUUGGCGCUCUAUGGCAAGGAGCCAAUUCUAGACAUUUAAGAAAGGACCAUUCCGUAAGGUCCGACGCUGGUCAAGAAUCGGACACAGAAUCAGCGAGUGACUCUAGGAUAAAGCGUGAUUUGGGUCGUAAGGUAAUGCGGCGCCACAGCCGACGCUUGAGUACCCGCGACGUUUUAAACGACGAGUUGAGCGAGACUGGACUGCGAACCAGUGGUACUGCAGGAGACAGUCAAACUGAUGUCAUUGGCGACGGUCAAGGCACCAACGCUCCGCCUCAGCUCGUAUUACCCACAGGACCGGCUUUGUACAACUCCAACGUUUGGGUGAGCAAGGAAAUAAGACUCAUUCGCAAUCUGUAUACGGAUGGCUUGUUCUUUUUGACAUUUAACUCUGGACUGCAAGCGUUUUAUGCAAAAGAUUGGGUUACUGCAAAGACCAACUUUGCAGCUAUUUUGGACCGCUUUGAAGAUGGGCCAUCCAAAUACUUUUACGAUCAGAUUAUCAAACACAAAGGAACCCCACCAAAAGAUUUCCGCGGUUAUGGGAUUGCUUAA